CUUUUUUCCCUUCCAUGCUAAAAAACUUUAUUUUUUGGUUCGAUAGGUCCAAAGCUACAAGUUCAUACCAUUGGUCUACCAGAUUGCUUCUAGACUUGGGAGUUCAAAAGAUGCUCAGGGGUCAACAAACUUCCAGAAUGCAUUAGCUUCUCUCUUGAAGAAAAUGGCCAUUGAUCAUCCAUAUCAUACAAUAUGUCAGCUUUUGGCUCUAGCAAAUGGUGACCGUGUCAAAGACAAGCAAAGAAGUAGAAGUUCUUUUGUUGUAGAUAUGGACAAGAAGCUUGCUGCUGAGAAUCUAUUAAAGGAGCUAUCUUCUUUUCAUGGGGCUUUGAUUCGUCAGAUGAAGCAAAUGGUUGAGAUCUACAUUAGGUUAGCGGAACUGGAGACUAGGAAGGAGGACACUAACAAAAAAAUCUCACUACCCAGGGAGUUCCGCAGCAUUUGCCAGCUUGAACUUGCAAAGGUUCCUGUUGUGACUGCUACUAUUCCAGUUGACCCUAAUUGUCGGUAUGAAGAAGGUACCUUUCCACAUUUCAGUGGGCUGGUGGAUUCUAUUACUAUAAUGAAUGGAAUUAAUGCUCCAAAAGUUAUUCAGUGUAUUGGCUCGGAUGGUAACAGAUACCGCCAACUUGCAAAAUCUGGAAAUGAUGACCUGCGACAAGAUGCUGUUAUGGAGCAAUUUUUUAGUUUGGUAAAUAUGUUCUUGCAAAAUCACAGAGAUACUUCGGAAAGGAGAUUGCGAAUACGCACAUAUAAUGUUGUUCCUUUCACCCCAAGUGCUGGUGUUGUUGAAUGGGUAAAUAGGACUGUUCCGCUUGGUGACUAUCUCUUAGACAGCAAUAGAAUUGGCGGAGCACAUGCACGAUAUGGAACUGGAGACUGGACAUUUCUGCAAUGUAGAGAGCACCUGGCGUGUGAGAAAGACAAAAGGAAGGCGUUUUUCAAAAUCUGCGACAACUUUAGGCCUGUGAUGCACCAUUUCUUCAUUGAGAGAUUCUUGCAGCCCGCAGACUGGUUCCAAAGUAGACUUGCGUACACAAGAAGUGUGGCAGCAAGCUCAAUGGUGGGAUAUAUUGUUGGGCUUGGAGAUCGCCAUUCCAUGAACAUUCUCAUUGAUGAAGACACAGCCGAGGUUGUGCACAUUGAUCUUGGUGUUGCAUUUGAGCAGGGUCUCAUGCUUAAAACACCUGAACGGGUUCCAUUCCGGCUGACAAGGGACAUCAUAGACGGCAUGGGCGUUACUGGCACUGAAGGUGUAUUCAAAAGAUGCUGUGAGAAAACCCUGUCUGUUAUGAGAGAAAACAAAGAGGCAUUGCUAACCAUUAUUGAAGUCUUCAUCCAUGAUCCUCUUUAUAAAUGGGCCCUUUCGCCACUGAAAGCCUUACAGCGUCAGAAGGAAACUGAAUACAAUGACUCGUGCCUGGAUGAUUCUCAAGAGGCGUACGAGGGCAACAAGGACGCGGCCCGUGCGAUACUCCGCGUCAAACAGAAGCUGGACGGUUAUGAGGACGGCGAGAUGAGGAGCGUAGAGGGGCAGGUCCAGCAGCUCAUACAGGAUGCGGUAGACACUGAUCGGUUAUGCCAGAUGUUCCCAGGGUGGGCACCUUGGCUGUGAAGCCGCCCAUGAGAAAGAACAUAGAUGGGAGAUUCCGAACCCGCGGUAGAAGCGAUGUUGUGACUGCUAGAGAAGCUUUUACUUUUGGUGCCCGGCGCCUGUUUUGGAUGGAGAUUCCGAACCCACGGUAAAAGCGAUUUUGUCACUGCUUGAGAAGCUUUUACUUUCGGUGCUUGCUCUUGUGCGCGAAGGUGGGAGAGGGACUUAUCACAUCAUACAUGGGCCUGUAGGUGUACAUAUAACUGUUGUAGAUAUACUUGUCUGUUGAUUGUAUAUAAAGGGGCCUCUUGUCUGGAGGAUGUACGCAUCGGAAGAAAGGUAAAACUCAUGAGUAGUGUUGAUGAAAUGCAAAAGAAGUUGCUUUUCGAGGACUA